GGUUGUCGCUGCAGCGCACACCAACGCCCUGAACACCGAGCAAAGCGGAUUAAAGUCCUGCAGAGAUGGCAGAGGAGGCAGAAGACGAAGUACCCGAGUCUGGUGCAGUUUUCACGUUUGGAAAGAGUAAGUUUGCUGACGACAUGCCCAGUGUGUUCUGGCUGAAGAACGACGUUCCUGAGAGGAUCGCCUGUGGAGAUGAGCACAGUGCCUUGGUCACAGGAAACGGGAAGCUCUUCAUGUUCGGCAGCAACAACUGGGGCCAGCUGGGCCUGGGCUCCAAGCAGACGGUACAGAAGCCCACCUGUGUCAAAGCUCUGAAGGGUGAGAAGGUGCGGCUGGUGGCGUGCGGACGGAACCACACUUUGAUCAGCACCGAGCAGGGACACGUGUUCGCCUGCGGCGGGAACGGCGAAGGCCAGCUGGGACUCGGCGACUGCGAGGAGCGGACCGCCUUCCAGAGGGUCGGCUUCUUCCAGGCGCACGGACCAAUCAAGAUGCUGGCUGCCGGGUCCAACACCUCCGCCGCCCUGACAGAGGGCGGGAAGCUGUUCAUGUGGGGCGAGAACUCUGAGGGUCAGAUUGGGCUGGGGAAGCGGAGCCAGGCGACCCGGCCGCUGGAGGUCAGCGUGGGCCGGCCGGUCAGCUGGGUGUCCUGCGGGUACUACCACUCCGCUCUGGUGACAGUGGACGGAGCGCUGUUCACCUUCGGGGAGCGGGACAGCGGGAAGCUGGGGCUGCGGCCGGAGCGGCUGGCCAGACACCGGGUCCCGCAGCGGGUGGAGAGCAUCACGGAGCCGGUGCUGCAGGUGGCCUGUGGCGGCAGCCACACGGUGGCGCUAACAGACGGCGGCGGCGUCUACUCGUUUGGCCUGGGUCAGUUCGGCCAGCUGGGCCUUGGGACAUUUGUGUUCGAGUCGCAGCUGCCACGCCCCGUCCAGCGCUUCCAGGCGGGCCGGCCAACCCGGGUGACCUGUGGAGAGAGCCACACUGCCGUUCUCACAGAGUCGGGGCUGCUGUACUCGUUUGGCGACGGCCGACACGGGAAGCUGGGCCUGGGCGACCAGAACUUCACCAACCAUUUCCACCCAGCCGUGGUUCCCCGCUUCCUGCCGCUCGCCGUCCAGGCCGCGGCGUGCGGAGGUUGCCACAUGGUGGUUCUGGCCCGGCCCAGAGGACCCGGCUGCUCCGCCAUCACGCUGGAGGACGCCGCAUUCGAUUUCCUGGGGGAACCAACCGCCACACUGCAGCGCAGCCUCUCCGCCCGGGUCCGCCGCAGGGAACGGGAGCGAUCCCCAGAGCAGUUUGGACCCACGGCCCACUCGCUGCCCGCCAGAACCUCGGGCGUCCUGCAGAUGGCACUUCCUGCCUCGGGCCAACCGGACCAGAACCAACUGGACAAGAACCAUGGGCCGGUUCUGCUGGCUCUGUCCGAACCGGACCAGAACCAGCUGAGCCACAGGCCAGUUCUCAACGGGACCCAGCACUUCGGCACAGACGGCGUUCAUCAGGGGCAGACAGGGGGCGAUGUGGAGAGCCUGACAGACUGCGACGGCGUGAGAGGACUGGGAGAAACCACUGACUUCCUGAACCUGACUCAUGUGAUGAAGAUGGAUCCCAGCGACAAAACACUCAGCCUGUCUCCACUGUUGAAGGAUGCGGUGGAGACAGCUGAGGAAGACGAGGACAGAGCUGGUGAUGAAGAGGAGACUGGGACAUCUUCGUCAGCAGAGAGUCCACUGAACGCAGAGCCAGCUUCACAUCCAAUCGGCAGCGAGCCUGGAGGAGCCACGCCCCCUGAAUGCGCUUCACCUGGAGGAGACGAGGUCAGAGGUCACAGCCCCGCAGCAGAGCAGUCAGGAAGUGAAGCCAAAGCAGCCAAUGGGGAAGCGGAGCUCCUCUCCGACAGUCGAUCAGGCUCCAGCAGGAAGCUGGCCGUUUUCAGACGGCUGUCCUCGUCCAGGUCCAGGCAGGUGGACUCGACGCGUUCUGGAGCCUGCAGCCUGCUUUAGGAAACCAUCAAACAUCUGGGCCGGGUCAGCGGCGCCACCCGCAGGGCAGGAGCAGAACUGCAGCAGAACUACAGCUCAGCUUUUCCUGACACUCCAGAACCAUCAGAACCUUGCAGAACCACCAAACCCUUACAGAACAUCCAGAACCUUCCAGAACUACCAGAGCCUUCCAGAAUGGCCAGAACCAAUGUUCUGACAGUUAGGUCCACACUCUGACAGGGUUCUAUUCUGUGGAAGGUUCUGACCCGGUUCUGUUGAACCGGACCUGCUGCUCCUCUCUCUGUAGGAAACGUUUCUGCUAAUCUCAGGAUCAUUUCAGCCUCUAAUAACUGUUCAGAUUAGGAUUAAAUCGGCCUUCAACUCACCGUUUAAAGGAAUGUUCCCCCUAAAACAGAAAAACAGCCUGACCAGAAUCAAGCGUUAUAAAGUUCAAAACAAAACAAGAGACAAGUCCCAAGAACAAAUUAUAAGGAAAUGAAAUAAAACAUGAAAUACUUGCAAAUAUUGGAGAACAUUUAUUAAAAUAAAGAGAAAUGGACAAAAACAAGUGAAAAAUAAAAUAACACAAGUACGCAAAAAUUAGUGGGGGAGACAAGAAUACAACAAAAUAAUGUGUAAUUCUAUUAUGUCCUGUUAAUUUAUUAGUACAGAGACGGAGAGACGCGUGGUACCAGGUAAUCCCUGGACAGCUGGAUUAAGUCAGGAUGAUUUAACAGAUCAUGACUUGGUGCAAACCCAGUUUAGUUAUUAAUUACAAAUAAAGACAUUAUUCAUUCAGCAUCUCACUAAAACCAAGCAAACCAAACUAUAGAACAGACUGUUCAUUAAGACACUUCUGUACUCUAAUUAAUAAUGAAUUAAUUUAACAGCAGCAAUAUAUUUACCAAAUAUGCAAACAUUUUAUAACUGGAACUUGUUAUUACACAAACUAUUCCAGUAAUUGGUCGUGCAAAAGAGGAAGCAUUUUAUUUAAAGCAGUCGUAUGGUUAGGGAUGCUGCACUCACCUCCAGGGGGCGCCUUAGUAACUCUAGUUUAUCUUACAGGCAGAGCAGCAUUGUCAUGAAGAAUUUGGUAAACUGAACAAACGUUUGCAUAAAAUAUCUGAUUUAUUAUAUUUGGGGAGAAUAUGACAGUGAUAUCGUCUAGAUGUCAUGAAUCUCUAAUUGAUGAUCCAACAGGUUUUAAAACUGUUAGCUUGCCUGCGACCAGUGAGUCAUACAAGAUAAAGAAACAUAUAUGCCUUAGGUUAGCUAAGCUAAAUGUUAAAGACUUUCAAAGCUUCUUGACGUGAUUUUUAAAGGUUAAAGUUGGACACAAAGUCACACUUACGUUGGCAAUAAAUUGGUCUUGACCAAGCUUAAAAAAAUACUGGAAAUUCCUGACAGAAUUCGUUCAGCUCUUAAAGCUAUCCUAUUCGAACAACGUGAUUCAUUCUUCUUGUGAAGCCGUAGCUAAAGCACGCUAGUGCUAUCAACAUCUAUCAACCGGAUAAAAUGUGGAAUAUUCCUUUAAACCUGGAAAUCAGAUGGAGCAGCUCUUUGCUUUACUGUUCAACUGAAAUGUGUGAUGUUUUCCUCUCAGCAGCUGUGUGUGUGAUUAUUUAUUUACCCAAUCUUGAAGCACAUUUUGCACUUUCUCUGGACCCAGUUUUAUAUCCUGACAUGUUUUAAUCUUUUUUUUUUUUUUUAAUAUCAG